CGGCGGGCCGCCCCGCUCCAUGGCGACCCCCAGCCCCUGCAUCGUGAUUGGCGAUGAUGAACAAGGUUACGACCUGGACUUGUUCUGCAUACCUAAACAUUAUGCAGAUGAUUUGGAAAAAGUCUAUAUUCCUCACGGACUCAUCAUGGACAGGACGGAGAGACUGGCACGAGAAAUUAUGAAGGGCAUGGGAGGACACCACAUUGUAGCACUCUGUGUACUCAAGGGUGGCUAUAAAUUUUUUGCUGAUUUAUUAGACUACAUCAAAGCACUGAACAGAAACAGUGACAAAUCAAUCCCCAUGACUGUCGACUUCAUUAGGUUGAAGAGUUAUUGUAAUGAUCAGUCAACUGGAGAUAUAAAAGUCAUUGGUGGAGAUGACCUCUCAACCUUGACUGGAAAGAAUGUUUUGAUUGUAGAAGAUAUAAUUGAUACUGGUAAAACAAUGAAAACGUUGCUGUCUCUACUUAAGCAAUACAAUCCAAAGAUGGUGAAAGUAGCCAGUUUGUUGGUAAAAAGAACUCCUCGAAGUGUGGGAUAUCGGCCAGACUUUGUUGGAUUUGAAGUGCCAGACAAAUUUGUUGUGGGAUACGCCCUAGAUUACAAUGAAUACUUUAGAGAUUUGAAUCAUAUCUGUGUGAUCAGCGAGACGGGGAAGCAGAAGUACAAAGCAUGAAAGCAUAGUUCAAGUGCUAUGACAACAGAGCUUUGAAAUGUUUUGUUUACUGAGUCCUAUCUUUCACAGGCUUCAACUCUGGUACACCAGCUAAAAUUGUAGAAUGCCCCAGCCCCAUUGUCAUACGCUUACUAUAAUUUAUUGCAUGUACAAUAUAAGAGCUCGUCUUGUUCAUUUAUAUUUUAGAAAUGUAAACAACUAGUGCAAUUCUGCACUCCUUAUUUUGAUUUGCACUAUGACUCUACCGACUAUUGCUGCCCCUGGUUGGGUUGUGCUGUUUGUGAGCUCCAGAGUCUAACUCUCGCAGUGGUAAAUUGCUUAAACCUCAUCAACCCAGAACUGAAAUAGUUCAAGUACUGUAAAUGUAAAACAUAUUAUGAUAGGGAAGUCUAUUAGUAAUAUUUUUAAAAUCUGUAAUUUAAGUUUUAUAUUUUAAUGCACAGAUGUGAUUGUGAUUAAUGGAUAGUUGCACCUUUGGGUGUUAUAAAGCAUGAGGAGCAGCCAGUUACAGUAUCUGUAAUCUCCAAGGAGGUGAUUCAAAUCUCCUGGAGUUGCCUUUUUGCUGUAAAGGAAGUCUGGGUGAAAAAUGUCUUUUUUUUUUUUUAAUUUUUAUUUUUUAAAAGGAGAUGGAAUGACAAAACAGAAUGUUUAAAAUCUAGUUUUAGUUGAGCUGCCUGUUUCUGUUAGAUUUUUUUUUCCUUUAAAAAUAUCCAUCAGUCAGUGGAAUUGCCUUUUAAAUUUAAACAAUUUUAAUAUAUUUGUGAAAAAGUAUUGUAAUGUUUACUUUAUAAGAUCUACAAAACAAAGUACUUUAAAUAAAGGCUGUCUCUUUAAAAUAAGCCCCAUACAUCUAUGCCACUCAUUCUGUAUGUUACAAUGCUCUUCAAAUUUUCUUCUCAGUAAUAUUUUUCAAAAGCGUUUCUGACAGCGAAGGCAGACUCUGCAUUUGUUAUCUUUGUAGAGCUUUUGGUCAACAUUAUCCUGUCUACGAGAGAGAUGAUAAAGUGCUGAGGGAAAAUAUUGAAACACUUGCAUAUUCUAUAACCAAACUAGAUUUCAGAGAAAAUGGCUUAAGCCCUGUCCUUUGUUCUGUUUUGGCAAAAAUGAAGAGUGGAGUUUAUAUGUUCAUUAAACACAUACACGUGGGGAAAAAACCCGCAACCAUUUUGUAAGUAGUCAUUUGAGUUUGUUUCAUUAACACCUCUGUUCGUGUCAAGUUUAAUUCUAAACAUGGCAGCCCAUCUCCCACCUCGUCCUUGUGCCGUGCUUUUCGGUCCCUUAGCUGACGUGGGUCUUGUACUUCUGCGCAUGGAUUCUUCCACUGUAUGCUCGGAUUUAACGCUGCUCAGUGCUUAAUACAUGAUUAACUUUUUGCCAGCCUGUUUUGACAGAUUUUUCUGUGGUUUUGAAGUUUGAGUCAUGUUUCUGUACUUUUCCAAGUACUAUGCAUUGUUGUCCAUCCAUGGCGUGCCCAGUUACAACUGUAGUAGUUAUAGCAGACCUAAAAUAUGAAUAAUUCACACAAUGUAAUUUAGAUCAAAUGACCACAAUGUGUAGGAGAUCUAUUUGUAAAUCAAAAUUCUCAUUAACAAAUAUUAGAACACCGGUCAUGAUUAUACUAUACUUUUGCAAUGUUAUAGUUAAUGUUCCAAAGAGCUUUUUUUCUAAAUGCACUACAAAGACUAAUUGUAUUUCUCGAUACCCUAAAUAAUGUUUGUGUAUAUGCCUUUUCAAGAACCUGUACUGUCCCUGGGACGACUUGUUGCAAGAAAUAUAUGAUGUAUCUCCAAGAAGAGGAAACACAAAAGCAACAUAGAAAAAAUAUAAACCCACUCGAGAAUUAUUA